GUUCAAAGACUUACAGAGAAGUGAUGGACCUCAUAGAUUCACAAUUGAAAAAGCAGUAGAUAUCACUCAGUUGCCAAAGAGUCAUACCUGCUUUAACCGUAUUGAUUUGCCACAAUAUAAGACCUUUAAAGUUAGACUUUACAAUCCUGAUGAUAUUCAAAUAAAUCAAAAAAUGUUUCUUGAAAGAUUUAAUCAUCUUUUUGCAUACAACUGUGAUUUUAAUACUGACUUCUCUUCAUCUACUACAAGUGUUUCUGAUCAUGAUAAAAAAAGAGUUAAAGAUACUAAUGUUUAUUCAGCUAUAAGUGUUAGCGAUGAUGAUUCCGACUCAACAGACUCAAUUUUGUCAGAGGAAGUUGUUACAAAAUUCAAAGCCAAGGUUAUAAUCGAACUUGAUAAAUCUGAUUCAAUUCCAGCAAAAUGGUUCACAUUCGAAUUAGAUAAUUUUGGCAUUUUUCAAGAUAGUUUAGUUAAGCAUAUUCAAAUAUGCAUUAAUGAUGAUAAUUUCGAUAAAGAUGAUAUUCAGGUCUCUUAUAAAAUUAAUAGUCAUGGACAGUCAAUGGCUUUAGAUAACAAAGAUGACUAUGAUGCAUUUAUUAUUGAAUGCCGAAAGUUAGUAAAGUCAAACAAAUCUAUGGUAUUAAACAUUGCACCAAAGUUACCUAAUAAUAAACAAGAUAUAGAGAUACUGAAAAUAAAAACUAAAAAAUUAAAAACGGAUUUUGUACUAAAAGAAUCCAAACUUAAUGCUAAUGAGAUCGAAAUAGCUGCUAUUAUUACACAAAUUAGAACAAAAUAUAACUGCCAAAUUCAUGCUAUGCCCUGCUACAUCGAAGAUGGUAAACAUCUUCCAUUAAUACCUUCACGCUUACAUUUGUGGGCAAGAGACAUAGUAACUUUUGGUAUAGUUCAUGCUAUUAAAGUUAAUACCCAAGCAUCAUAA